GAGGGGAGCCUCCGGCGGCAGAUGGUGCAUCAUGGGGAGCGCCUUCUUCUGGAUCCUCGCUCUGACCGCGGGGGUAGCAGCUGCACAGAUCUGCCCCAAAAGAUGCCUUUGCCAGAACCUCGCGCCGUCCUUGGCCAUCCUCUGCGCCAAGACCGGCUUGCUCUUCGUGCCGUCCAUUAUCGAUCGCAGGACCGUGGAGCUGAGGCUCACCGACAACUUCAUCACCGUCAUCCGGAGAAGAGACUUCACCAACAUGACCCGACUGCUUCACCUCACCCUCUCCAGGAACACCAUCAGCCACAUCACGCCCUUCACCUUCGCCGACCUCCGCGGCCUCCGCGCCCUGCACCUGGACAACAACCGCAUCCUGUCAAUGGGGGACGAGCAGCUCCGAGGCCUUCACAACCUGAGACAUCUCAUCCUCAGCAACAACCAGCUCAGCGCCAUCUCCCCGGGCUCCUUCCAGGACUUUGUGGGGACCCUGGAAGAUCUGGACCUUUCGUAUAACAACCUGGAGCAGAUCCCCUGGCAGACCAUCUCCAAGCUGACCAACGUCAACUCCCUGAGCCUCGACCACAACCUCAUCGACUUCGUCCCCGGGGGGGUCUUCACCAAUCUGCACAAGCUGGCCCGGCUGGACAUGACCUCCAACAAGCUGAGGACCAUUCCCCCGGACCCCCUGUUUCUGCGCAUCCCCGUUUACGCCAAAUCCAAAGGCUCCCCGCUCUCGUCCCUGGUGCUCGGCUUCGGGGGGAAUCCUUUGCAUUGUAACUGCGAGCUUCUGUGGCUGCGCCGCUUGACCCGGGAGGACGAUCUGGAGACGUGCGCUUCGCCCCCCAGCCUCCUCGGGAAGUAUUUCUGGAGCAUCUCCGAGGAAGAGUUCAUGUGCGACCCCCCGGUGGUCACUCAUCGCUCGGGGCACACCUGGGUAAUGGAGGGCGAGGGGGCUGUGUUGAAGUGCAAGGCGGUGGGCGACCCCGAGCCCUCCAUCCACUGGGUGUCUCCGGAGGGGAAGGUGGUGUCCAACUCGUCCAGAGCCGUCUCUUACGAGAACGGGACGCUGGACAUCUCCGUCACCACGGUGAGGGACUCCGGCUCCUUCGCGUGCAUCGCCUCCAACACGGCGGGCGAUGCCACGGCGUCCGUGGAGCUGACGGUCAGCCCCCUGCCUCACCCGUCCAACGCCAGUCAGAGGAGGCUCAGGCCCGAACGCGGCCCCUCGGACAUUCUCACUCCGGCCAAGCCGGGAGCCUCCGUGAACGAGUCCGGCGGCCCCCCAGAUAGAAAGGUGGUGACGGCCCAGCUGAGCCAUAACUCCGCGCAGGUCCGGUGGUUCGGGGAGCGGAACAAACCCAGGAUCCGAAUGUAUCAGGUGCAAUACAACAGCUCCUCCGACGACAGCCCCAUAUACAGGAUGAUCCCCCCCGGUAACCGCAGCUUCCUGGUGAACGACCUGGCGCCCGGCCGGGAGUACGAUCUCUGCGUCCUGGCCGUGUAUGACGACGGGAUGACGUCGCUGACCGCCACUCGGGUGGUGGGCUGCGUCCAGUUCAGCACGCGGGAAGAGCCGGGCCGAUGCCAGCCCCUCCACACUCAGUUCCUGGGGGGCACCAUGAUCAUCAUCAUCGGGGGGAUUAUCGUGGCGUCCGUGCUGGUCUUUAUAAUCAUCCUGAUGAUCAGAUACAAGGUGUACAGCGGCCAAGAGGAAGGAGGCAAAGCCGGAGUCAGUAACGUGUACUCCCAGACACACGCGUGUGCACACGCGUGUGCCAAGCCAACCGGGGCCCCCGAGGAGCUGCCGCUGAACACGCACUUCACUAGCGAGGAGAAGAUCUCCCCCAGCGGCUCCACAGAGCAGGGCUGCGAAGAUUUUGGCAAGAAGAGGACGUCCGGCGAUUGGACGAAUAUAAACAUCUGA